AUGGAGCCUCUUUAUCACGAAAAAGGUGAAAUAAUACACGAAUUACUUAAGGAUCCUUUGAUAAUUGAACAUGACAACCAAAUGAUUAACAGCAGUGAGUUAGACUUCAAUAUUAAUGACUUAUUACAACAAGAGGCGUUAUUGGCCAACGAACUGAAUGUUCUAGAUAACUUGAAGACACUCUCAAAUCUUAUAUUAGAAGUGAAAACUAAUCUGAACCUAUUAGAGCUAGAAAACUGCUACUAUUCGUUGCAAUCAUUGCGAAAAAAGAUGCGUCGUAAUUCGGCUUUUCUCAAGCAAAGUUUUAACUUCCAGCAGUCCAUAUCUUCAUACAUCGACACAUUACAUUUAGAACUUGUAACUACAUUGUAUAACAUUCUUUCCAAUGGGUUCUGGAGGAUUACCGAGAGUAGCAUUCAAUUCACGCACGCGGUGAAAUGGGGUAAAGAUGAGGUUGACAUUGAAUAUAAUACGUUUAUGGAUUUUGUGGUUCAGCAGUAUUUUCCUCAGGGCAGCUUGGACAAUCAACUCUGGAUUAUUUCUGAUAUGGGAAAUGCCGACUCUCAAGAGCAGGUAAGAGCAAAAUUGAACAUCAUUCUAAAAGAUUAUAUGAAUUUUUCUAGCGUAGUGAACUUGAUUAAAAAUUCCAUUUUUCUACGUGGGAAACAAAUUUCAUAUAACCAUGAGACAAACACGCUUACAUUUUUUAAGUCUUCUUCGCAUGGCCAAAAUGAUAUAUCCAGCACAUUAACAAGUUUUGAAGCAGUCUGUGAUUUUAUGUUAGAUGGAUUAACCUUUAGAGAUCGGCAAACCUUAGGUUAUGAGCUAGGUCCUUUGGCCAAUACUGAGUUUACCAAAUUCGUGAAAAAUAAUGCAUCAACGAUUUUAGAGUCACUAGAUUCACCACUUAAAAAUUUAGUUACUGUGGCAAAUAAUAAACUAACAAAACUAGCCUCAGAAUCCGAAGCCACGAACUGGACCUAUUCCGGGAAAGAAAUACAAGAUUUAUUAGUGAAUAAACAAUUAUACUACAAUUUAUUACUGGAUAAAGUUCUUGAAUCAUACAUUGGUGAAAUAAGAAAUAUAUUCGAAGAUCCAAAUAAAAGUUGGCAAAAUUUAGAAGCUGUCAAGCUUAUACAUAGUGCUGACAGUAUCGAUAUUAUGAGCGAGAAAGUUGGAAAACACGGUAUGGAUAAACAAAAAGAGUUGGAACAUCAUACUGUUACAACUAAAGACGAUGAUUGGAAUUGGGAGGUGGAUGAUGAUACCGAUGCAUGGGGUGAUGAAAUUGACAUAGAUAUCGACGAUGAAGAGGAAAAAGCAACUCAAGAAGUGGAGAAAGAACCGGAAUAUGAGGAAAAUGCCUGGGAUGAGGCUUGGGCAAUUGACGAAAAUCUUGAAGAUAGCUCCCUAGAAAAUGGGAAGAAAGCGGCAAAAGUUCAUAAUACAGCAUUAUUUAAUGAAGACCACAUUAAAGUUACGCAGUUGCCAAAACUAUUUUUGACAAUUUCACAGAAAUUUAAGAACGCAUUUUCAGAUAGUCAUGUUGAUGAGCAAUACUUUGCAUACAAAUACAAUCUCCUACAAACCUCGUAUGUGGCUAUGUGUACAACAAGCUUCUCUCAAAACUGGUGUCAAUUAUAUGUGGAUAUGAGAUAUUUAAUAGAACAAGAUGAGAAGCUAUAUAGGAUAAAGGAAUUGACAAGAAACACGUUGGAAACCAGAUUGAAUAUGAAAUAUCGUAUUGUCUACAAAUUAAUCAAUCACCAACUGUCCGAAUUUCGUGAAAAUGAAAAAAAUCCAUCGUGGGAUAUCAUAAUUGAAAAAUUGCUACCAUAUAUCCUAAAAGAAAUUAUCCAUCCACUGGAAAAAAUAAGAGGUGAAGAAGCUUCCCGUUAUAUGUUGUCCUUUUUGGACUUCUUGUACAACAGUUGUGUGACAAAUGAAAUUUUAAAAUGGCAGAUUAUCUCGGAGGUCAAUUCAGAAAAUCUGGGUGAGCUCGUAUCUUUAUUAGUAAGCAACACCGAGAUUCAAUUUUUGACAAAGGAACCCAGUUACCAGAAGAUGAGGGAAAAGUUUGCUACAAUGGGCAAAUUUUUACCCUUACAUUUAAAAGAGAUUAUGGAGAUGUUUUACAAUGGCGACUUUUACCUUUUUUCAACAGAAGAGCUGAUCCAAUGGAUAGAGUUAUUAUUUGCUGACACACCCCUUCGAAGGAAUGCUAUUGAUGACAUCUACGAGAUCAGGGGCGCUACUCUAGAUGAUUAA